AUGUCCUCCUCCACCACGGAUGCAAGCGAGCUCAUCUCCACGCUCCUCAAAACAGUAGAAGACCGCAUCGUCCCUCUCACCCAGAAAGGCGUCGCAUCCGGCUCAAAAGUAUUCGGCGCAGCAAUCCUAUCCCGUUCAACACUCCGUCCCCUAACCGUGGCGACCAACAAUGAGAGAGUAUCACCACUUCUCCACGGCGAAAUCAACUGCAUCCAGCAGUUCUUCACAGUAGACUACCAGGACCCUUCUGCACGUCCUGACCCCCAAAAGGACUGCAUCUUCUUCGCUACCCACGAGCCGUGCAGUCUUUGCCUGAGCGGUAUUGCGUGGUCCGGCUUCAACGAGUUCUACUACCUCUUCACGUAUGAGGAUAGCAGGGAUUUGUUCUCCAUCCCUUACGACAUUGAUAUUCUGGAGUCGGUGUUUCGGGUGCAGGGCGAGGAGAGUGAUGAUCAGGUCAAGAAGAGGGAGCUGUAUAAUAGGAAUAACAAGUUUUUUAAGGGAAGGUCUGUUGAGGACUUGUUGGGUGAUUUGGAGUAUGAGGCGGAGAGGGAGAAGUGGCGGAUGGAGAUUAAGAGGGUGAAGGAGUUGUACAAGUCGUUGAGUGAGACGUAUCAGAAGGGGAAGAAGUCUGGGGCAGAGAGUUCUAGCGUUUGGAAAUGA